AUGAGUACGCAACCUUUAAAUCAAGAAAAUUCUGAACAAGCUAUACAAAGCCAUUUGCUCAAAGUUUACGGAAGUUUUUGCCUUGUUAUUGCUUUCGGAGUUAUUAUUUUUAGAACAUUAGACUUUAUUUUUGAAUUACCAAUUAGACCUUUGAUCGAAGUUUUGUUUCUCUAUGAAGACGUUGCAAAUGUCUACAAAAUGAAUUUCUUAAUGUUUGGUCCUGUCGUAUUGCUACCUUUAGCAACCAACAAAAAGAUAAUCAUAGAUGUUUCGAAAUAUCGAUCAUUACUUCUCCUUGAAACCGUAACAAAUCCUUAUCAUUCGGAUGAGCGUCCAACAAUAUAUUUAGAUAUUCUAAAGCUUUGUGAAAAUAG